UCUCUGACUUCCAUGUUGGCUGCAGCGCGGGGCCUCUCUCAGCGACGCUUUUCAAGCACGACGGUUGAUGGUUUCACUGGCGCAGUCGGCAGCACCCCGCUUAUAUACCUCAAGCAUCUCUCUGAGAAAACUGGCGCACGAAUAUUUGGAAAGGCCGAAUUCCAGAACCCCGGUGGGAGUGUGAAAGACCGGGCCGCGUUGGGAGUUGUUCGCGACGCGGAAGAAAGAGGACUAUUGCAGGCUGGAGGCACAGUCGUUGAGGGUACCGCAGGCAAUACCGGCAUUGGCUUAGCCCACGUUUGCAGAGCUCGAGGCUACAAAUGUGUCAUUUUCAUGCCCAACACCCAGAGCCAAGAGAAGAUCGACCUGCUUCGCAUGUUGGGAGCCGAAGUUCAUGCUGUCCCUGCUGUUGCCUACGAGAACCCUGCGAAUUAUAACCAUCAGGCCCGCGACUACGCCAAAGAUCAGCCCAACACUAUAUGGACGAACCAGUUUGAUAACACUGCCAACGCCAAUGCCCAUUAUCUAACCACUGGCCCUGAAAUCUGGGAGCAAACGCAGGGGAAAAUAGACGCCUUCAUCUGUGCAACGGGAACGGGAGGGACCCUUGCCGGCGUUGGUAAAGCCCUGAAAGAGAAGAGUGAGGGCAAGACCCAAGUCUGGCUAGCAGACCCGCCAGGUAGCGUGUUGACUAGCUACAUCAACAGUGGCGGAAAAUUGGUGGAACGGUCCGGCAGUUCCAUCACCGAGGGAAUUGGACAGGGUCGCAUAACAGACAACCUACAGACAUUCGUGAAGGAUUUGGAUGGUGCCUUUACAGUACCAGAUGAAAAGUCCAUCGAGAUGGUCUACGAGUUGCUCGACACUGAAGGGCUUUAUAUCGGGGCUAGCUCCGCGCUCAACGUAGUGGCUGCCGCCGAAUUGGGACUCAAACUUGGGAAAGGAUCAACAAUCGUGACUAUUUUGUGCGACGGAGCGUAUCGAUACCAGAGUAGGCUCUUCUCGAAGAAAUGGCUUCAAUCAAAAGGACUGGAAGGUGCUAUUCCUGGACACUUGAAGAAGUAUGCUGUGUUAGAUUGA